AUGCUCCGCAGGCUUGGCGGCGCCAUGCCGUUCCCGCUGCCGCCGCCGGCCCCAGCCCCGGGGAUCCCCGCCACGCGCCCGCCGCCCCGCAGGACCCGGAAGGCGGCUGCGCCCACCUGCGCCCCGCCCGCGCCCUCGCCACCCGCAGCCGCCGCCGGGGAGAAGCAGCGGCCCUCAGCGCGGCCCGAAGCGCUGCUGCCCCGCUCCUGGCCCUCGGCCACCCUGAGGAAGCCCCCGGCGCGCCGCGCCCCCGGUCCGGCCGCUCCGCGGCCGCUCCUGGCUGGUUCCGGUGCCAGCCCUGCGAGGACCACGGGGACCGCCGCCUCGCGGCCCGGGCGCGACGCCGCCGUGCGCCUCCCCCCCGAGGCCGCCCUGGUCCUCCAGCAGCCGCUGUUGGCGCGGCCCCGCCGGCCGCUCCCCACGCCCUCGGCCAACGCCAGGCGGCUGCUGGGCCCCGGGCCCCGAGCUAAGGCCGCGGGUCUGCGGAGGGAAGGCGACCCCGGUGGCCCGGACGCGCGCCCGCCCGGCGCCCCGCUGCUGCCCCGCGGCCCGCGGGCCCCCGAAUUCGGCCCGCGACCCGCCCACCUGCGCCGCGUCCUCAAGGUGUCGCUGCUCAACGACCAGCACAAGUACGACGAUGUGGAGUACGAGGAGGAGACCCUGGCCGUGGACGAGGCCCUGGUCCGCAGGUGCACUGAGUGGCUGCGCGGUGUGGAGUCGGCGGCCGCCGCGCGCGACCGCACCCGACCCCUGGACGCGCUGACGCACCUGAGCACGUUGUGA